AUGGCUUUGGUACCAGGAACGACUGAGUGGGAGGAUAUUCAUGUGCGUCUGGGCAACUUCGCCCCCCGACCGCUGGACCCGAGCGGGAAUGAUAUCCAACAAACUGUGGACGAAUGUGCUGAUGAUGAAUUAGAGAAAAUCAGAGCAAAGCGCUUGGAAGAGUUGAAACGGAAUGCGGUGAAGGAAAGAGAGGUCGAUACUGGUGGUAAGAUAAAGGAUAUAGCCCGACAGGAGUUCGUUACAGAAGUUAAUGAGAGUUCUAAAAUGUCUGUAGUGGUGGUACACUUGGCUAACCUUCAUGAUGCUAUGUCCCGGAGACUUGAUGAGUCCCUCUCAUUCUUGGCUAAGACCAGGAGGACGGUAAAGUUCGUCCGAGGCUUCUACCAAGAUUUGAUAAUCGGCUUCCCGGCUCUGCGGCUGCCAGCGGUUGUUGUUUAUUUUGAUGGAAAAUGUGUAAAACAAUUGAUCGGUAAAGAAGUGUGGACGAAACGAAUUAUCGUUAGCCCAACUCUGGUAUGGGAGGCGUUAGGGAUUAAUAAGAUUGAUCAAGAUGAGCAAGAAAACGACUCUUAUAGUGAUGCUUCUGAUGAUGAACGGACUCGAUUCACAAGGAGGGUUCGAAAGGAUGUCGGACGGGAAAUCACCGAAAGACUAGACCGUCGAGAGCAAUCAUCCAGAGUAGAUGAUGAUAAGUCUGAUGAUGAUGAGAACGAGAAGGAGUAUGCCAAUUUGACCUUACAGAAUGCUUUCCGUGCUUAG